AUUGUCAAGCUUAGUUUUGAUUAGCAAUUUCAUUAGUAUACUGAUGUACUCAUCACAACUAUAAAUUGGCCGCCAAGAAAAGACUCAGUUAUAGUGUUUUUAUUGAACAACUAAGUCAAGAUGAAGCUGUUACUGUUGUUCGCCCUUGUUGCUUUAAGUAACUCCCAACACAUCGGUUACUCCGAGGAGGAUGAGGUACAAUGGGAACUUUUUAAGAUCGAAUAUGAAAAAGAUUACAGAGAUGAGGAGGAGCUGACUAGAAAGGAAAUCUUCAUGAACAACCUCAACUUCAUCCGUUGUCACAACGAAAAGUACGAGAGAGGAGAAGUUACUUUCACUGUAGGAAUCAACCAGUUCGCUGACUGGACCAACGAUGAGACCCGCAAGAUGAACGGAUUCAUACCACUUUCUCCCGCAUUUUUCAUACAUCGGGGCUGGAGAAGAGGAGCUACUACGGAGCUCCAGAAGAGGAGUAUGUUUGAAAUGGACGGGAACCUGGAACCUAACAAGACUGUAGACUGGAGGAAGAAGGGAGCCGUAACCCCCGUCAAGGACCAAGGAAAGUGUGGAUCUGACUGGGCCUUCAGUGCGGUUGGAAGUUUAGAAGGACAAAACUACCUGAAGACAAAGAAUUUGGUGUCUUUGAGUGUGCAGAACCUUGUUGACUGCGGCGAUUAUUAUCAUUACGAUUUAAGAGGAUGUUCUGGAGGAGAUAUAAAAGGUGCAUAUGAUAGCAGAACAAAACUUGGAAUCAACACCGAGGCUUUCUAUCCUUACGAGGCUAAAAAUGGCUCAUGCAGAUUCAGUCGUCACGAACAGACAGUCAUGAUCUAUGGCUACUUGGAUGUGAUUAGAGAAAGUGAGGAGGCUUUGCAGCAGGCUGUGGCUAAGAUUGGACCUAUUUCUGUCGCCAUCGACGCCAGACACCACUCCUUCCUUCUGUACAAGAGCGGAGUUUACAAGGAGCCUGCCUGCUCCAGCCAGAAACUAGACCACUGCAUGUUGGUUAUCGGGUUCGGAACUACCACGAAUGGAGGAGACUUCUGGUUGGUGAAGAACUCCUGGGGAACCUCCUGGGGAAUGAAGGGAUACAUCAUGAUGGCUAGGAACCACGACAAUAUGUGUGGUAUUGCUUCCCAUGCCAGCUACCCCAUCCUCUAGGCCAUCACUUAAUGGCCAAUGGGCAGUUAAAAGUUGUUGUGCUGUUACAGUUUAGUUAAUUAUAACUAAUUAGUAAAAUGUAA